AUGAAUAAAAGUAGUAAAUACUACAAAUUAUUUGUAAGGCGCGACACGAAUUGUAAUAAUUAUCGCAGCUUAUAUCGAUUUUCGGAAGUGAACGUAAAAUGGUUGACGGAACAUUUCUUAAAUGAUGGAUCCGAAACACGAGGAGGAGCAUUAAGCGGUGAACGGCAAAUGCGAACAUUCCUCCGCUACAUAGGGGACCCUGGUUUUCAGGUCUGUGUUGGAGAGGUUAUUGGAAUCCAUCAAACUACGGCUUCAAAAACCAUAUGGGAAGUAUGUCAAAAGAUUGCCGAUAAAGCUGAUCGUUGGAUUCAAUUUCCGAACUCAAUGGAUGCAAUGAAACAUGCCGAGAUUCUAUGGUCCCAGAAUCAAAAGUUCCCUCACACAAUUGGCGCAAUUGAUUGUACACAUGUGGCAAUCAUUAAACCACAUACCCACGGUGACGAGUUCAUCAAUAGAAAAGGGAUUGCCUCCUUCAACGUUCAGGCAACGUGUAAUGGCCAAGAAAUAUUCACUUCCAUCGACUGUUCGUGGCCGGGCUCCGUGCAUGAUUCGAGAAUUUGGAGGAAUUCGGCUAUUCAUAAUAUCAUGCACGAAAACUCUUCUGGAGUACUGCUGUUGGGGGAUGAAGGUUAUGGAAUAGUUCCCUGGAUGAUGACUGCUUACCGUAAUCCAGAUACUCCAGUUCAGUUGAAUUAUAACAAGAUUCACAGUCGUGAAAGGGUCGUUAUUGAACGUGUGUUCGGUCAAGUCAAAAGGCGCUUUCCCAUACUGAAAUCCAAAAUACGCAUUAAAACCGAUAGAGUUCCAGCACUUAUUUUGGCAUGCUUCGUUCUUCAUAACGUAGCUAAACAUUUGGGGGAGCAGGAAUUCGAGGACGAUUUUUCGGACCCAAUUGUUUUGGUACCAGUGGCUCCUGUGAAUGAGAACAGAAGCAACACCUUAAAAAUGAGAGGCGAUUCGCGUCGGGACAUAAUUUCGCAGUAUUUAAUUGAAUAG